UUAAAAAUAUUCGCGCUGUAGUUAGAAAUAUAACUAAUAUAAAAUUCUAAAGGCAAUAAAUAAUUAUGAUGGGACAUCACUGAAAGUUUACUUUUUUUUAGUUUUGUUUGCAAUUUACACGAAGCGAUUUAUCCACAAAUCCAUCAAAAAAAAAUUAAAAGUGCAUUCAAAGCUACUAAACACGAAAAAAAAGAUAAAACAUGUCCUCAUCCGUAUCCACCGAUAGAACACUCAAAGUGGGCCAAACAGUUCAGAUUCUUGGAAGGAAUACCAAAGGACGAGUUGCUUAUGUUGGGGUAACAAAUUUUGCUGCAGGAAAAUGGGUGGGCGUUAUACUCGAUGAACCGAAAGGAAAAAACAAUGGCACUAUAAAAGGUUAUAGUUAUUUCAAGUGUGCCGAUAAUCAUGGUGUUUUUGUACGUCCAAGUCAAUUGAUUCCAACUGUGGAUGUUGUUCCUCAUAAUAAUACUCCUGCUCCGGCUCCAGCUCAUGCCCCUGCUCCUCAUUCAACAAGAAGUAGUGACUAUGGACAUGUUCCAAUAGCGCCAAAAACAACCAAAUUAAAUCGUACUAAAAGUUUUCUUUCUUCUAGCAGUCAAAGUUUAUUGAGUUCACCAACGCACUCCGAGCAUCUUCGUAGUAAAACCACAGUUUCACCAUCCGAGUCUUUUGGUUUUGUGGAGACUGGUUUUUUGGAGAUUUUACGACCGCAAUUUACCCCAGGGCAACCAAUGAGAUCGCCAUCGUUUAGCAUGAUAAACAAUGAAGAGCAAAAAAUUGUUGAUGAUUUGAAAGUUGAGGUUAGAGAUCUGUCACAAGAACUUGAGCUUAUCAAACGUCAGAGACAAGAUGAAAAGCGUAAACUUCAAGAAUGUGACAAGCUUAAAAUUCAAUGUGAACAAUUGUUAGAAUUUAAGAUAAAAAUCAUGGAAUCUCAUGCGAAUUUGCAACGUGAGUUACAGAGAGUUCGUCAAGAAGCUAGAGAAACUCAAGAAGCUAAAAGUCGAUGUUUACAAGAAUUCAAUGAACUGUCAGAAAAUGUAGAACUUUUGACACUUGACAAAGAAAUGGCUGAAGAAAAAGCUGAUACUUUGCAAAUGGAAUUGGAUAUUGCAUUGGAACGUAUCGAAGAGCUUGUUUUAGAUGUUGAGAUUUUGAAAAAUGAAAAUAGUGACAGUCAUUUGUCAUCGACUGAGAUUGCAAUUCCAUCUAGCGGUGAGUUAAAGAAACUUCAACAACACAAUCAUCGUUUAAAAGAGACUGUAAUUCGGUUGAGAGAUGUCAUUGCUCAGGAUAAACAAGAACUACAAAAGGUCAAUAAAGAAUUGGAGACUAAAGCUUCCGAAAUUACUGAGCUUCAGAAGACUAAAGUCAAGUUAUCGAUGCGUAUUGAUGCAAUGGAAUUCCAGAUUAUGGAUUUACAUGAGCAGGUUGACGCAGCAUUGGGAGCUGAAUCUAUGGUUGAGUCUUUGACGGAGAGUAAACUUGAGUUAGAAGAACGUGUAAAAUUGAUGGAAGAAGAGGUUGCUGAAUUAGAAGCUCUAGAAGAAAUUCAUGAGCAAAUUAUCGAAAGUAAUCAUGAUUUGGAGAUGGAUUUACGGGAAGAAAUCGAUAUGCUUGGGGCAACCAACAAAGCACUUCUUCGUGAUAAAGAUGCCGCUUUGGAGACUAUCUACGACCGGGACAUCACAAUUAUAAAAUUCCGUGAGCUGGUGAAAAUCUUAAAUGAACAACUGACAGCUAGGGAAAAAGAUCUCGAAGCAGCUGCAGAUGAUUUUGUUGUAAUUCCGCUAGAAAAUGAACCGAAAAUUGAUUUCACUAAGCUUUUCACCGAAUCGAAAGCUUAUAGCCGUGCAAUAGAUGUUCAGCUUAGCCAAAUGCAGCUUCAAGAAACUAGAGAUCUUAGUGAUUUGCUUUUAAGUUUUAUGCCAGAUGAUUUCAAAGUUCGUGGUGGAGACUACGAUGCAAUACAAGUUCAGCUGCUGCUGAAUCGUUUUAUAUUCAAAUCGGACAUAAUUCAGAAUGAAAUUCGUGAGAAAUUCCCAUCGACUGUAGACUUUGAUAAAGAUUCGAUAUUUGAAGGGUUUUCAAUUCAUCGAUUUGCUUUUCGUUCGAGAUGUCUCUAUCAUGUUAGUAGUCUUCAGAUGAUUUUACAUCAAAUGAUUUAUGGAUUAAAUAAUUGUGAACAUGAAACUUUAAUGAGAGCUGCGAUUUAUAAAGCAGAAAUGUUGAAUAAUGAAAAAUAUAUCGAUGGUAUCAUUGAACUUCUCAAAUCAGGACAACUCGAUGAGAAUUCUUCAACCGAAGACAUUGAGAGAUGUUCGAAUUUCUUUAGUGUCAUGUAUUCGACUAUAAUUCAUUUGGAUUCGAAUGAUUUAAUCAAUGAACAUCAACUCUACACUGAUAUUGUGGAGACUUUUGAAAGAGGUUGCGAUUCGAUUAUGACAAGUGCUGGAAUUAUUCAAACUUUGAUACAAAUUGGUCAAGAAACUACAGAUUCGUAUUGUUUGUUGCAAUUUUUGAUGGAAAAUUUAGCUAAAUUCAAGGCUAAUUUGAGAGCAUUACGAAGAAAGUUACCACGAGAGCAUAAAUAUGAAUUUUAUGCAAUAUCCAGGGACCAAUUUAAUGGAAUGCGAGUUGUAAAUGAGACUUUUGGAAAGUUAUUGCAGAUUUUACACUGCACCUCGAAGCAGGCAAUUCAUGAGAUUUCAUCGAUGAAGUGUGAAGAUUCGUCGGAGGUUUCGAUUCCACAUGAUGUGUUGUGGAAGAUGUUGUAUUCGAAUUGUUCGAGGAUUUAUCAGGAGACGGAUAAAAGUCCAGUUACGAAUUUUCAAUUUGUUAUCGAUGUUAUUAACGAAGAAAUGAGUCAUAUUUUACAGAAUAUCCAAGAAGCUGAGAAGGCCAAUCUUAAUAAUGCUCAAACUAAGUGCAUUCGAUCGAAUCCAGUUUUAAUUCGGGCCAAUCAAGUGAAGCAACAACUUGAAGAGAUUAAAAAACUUACAGCGGCAUUAGAAUAUCGUGAAGCUGAAAUUAAACAAUUGAAAUUAACUUCGAAAAAGAAACUUAACGAACUUUCGGAAAUGCAAGUUCGAAAAGAUAUGGCUGAACGAAACUUGACGAAACUUCAACAUGAUUUUGAUGUGACAAUUGAAAAUCUAAAACAAUGUAUCGAUGAGACUCAAGAGCAUAUCGACAACCGUGAACGUCAAUGUGCCGAUUCGAUAAGUUUAUUGGAAGAAAAAAUAUCAAAAAUGGAAAGUGCGACUUUGGAAUUAAAAGAUCAUCUUAAAUCGAAAGCUUGCACUGCUACAUUAGAUGAUUUGAAUUCAAUGCAAGAAGUAUCUUUGCUAAAGACUGUCCUAAAAGAAGAACGUGACGAAAGAAUUCGAAUACAAGGGAAAGAAUUAAAAUUAGCCUUGAAGAAAUUAACACCGAUAAGUGUGCCACAACCGAGAGAUAAAGAAUUAGAACGCCUCGAAAAGGAUAUUAAAACGCUUAAAAAUGACUGGAUUUUAUCAUAUAUCAUAGAUAAUAGAAAAUUUAAAACAAAUAUUAAGACUAAAUCCGAAUUGAUGGCCCAAGAUAUAUUAGGUGAAUAUUUUAAACGUAAUCCACAUCGAGCGGCUGAAAGUGAUUUUUCUAUAUUUCCUAGUAUUGAAGUAACUAAUGCAUUUCGUGUUUAAACUAAAAGAAAAAAUUAACAAAAAAUAACUAAUACACAAAAUUAAUAAUAAUUGUAGACAUAUUGAAUUUUUGCGAUUACUUUUUACAGUUAAAUUUUACACACAAAAAUACCAAAGAAAAAUAAUACACAACAUGCGAAGAUUUUUGUUUUCGUAAAAUAAAAUUAAAAAAC